AUGGGUUCUGCUAACGGACUAAUUGCCACAGAAGGGAAACAGCCUCUCUUUUCUUUUGGAUUGAUAUCUGACGUGCAGUAUGCUGACAUUCCUGAUGGUAGGUCAUUCCUUGGUGUUCCACGGUACUAUAGGCACAGCAUUCUUGUGUUGCAGAGAGCAGUAAAGGAAUGGAAUACCAAGAAGAGCCACAAGUUUGUGAUAAAUUUUGGAGAUAUUGUUGAUGGAUACUGUCCAAAAGAUCAAUCUCUUAGUACUGUAAAGAAAAUAGUGGAUGAAUUUGAAAUGUUCAAUGGACCAGUGUAUCAUUUGAUUGGCAAUCACUGCCUUUACAAUCUGCCUCGACGUAAGUUACUUCCAUUAUUGAACAUCCAGAGUUUUGAAAGUCAUGCUUACUAUGACUUUUCACCAGUGCCUGAAUAUAGAUUUGUAGUUCUUGAUGGCUAUGACAUUAGUGCAAUUGGCUGGCCUCAAGAUCAUCCAAAAACAUUGGAGGCCUUGAAAUUCCUCCGGGAAAAGAAUCCAAAUGAUGACAAGAACAGUCCAACAGGUUUGGUGGGCCUUGAGAGAAGGUUUCUUAUGUUCAAUGGAGCGGUUGGAAAGGAACAAAUGGAAUGGUUGAGUAGUGUUCUUCAGGAAGCAACAAAAUUGAAACAGAAGGUAGUGAUAUGUUGCCAUCUGCCUCUAGAUCCUGUUGCAUCAUCCAAUGAGGCACUGUUAUGGAAUUAUGAUGAAGUAAUGAAUUUGAUACACAGAUACACUUGUGUGAAGCUGUGUCUCUCUGGACAUGAUCACAAAGGAGGAUACUCCAUUGAUUCCCAUGGAAUUCACCAUAGAGUUCUUGAAGCUGCCCUGGAAUGUCCUGCAGGCACAGAUGCGUUUGGAUAUGCCGAAGUUUUUGACGAUAGGAUAUCACUUUAUGGUACAGACAGAAUGCAGAGUACAGACAUGUAUUUUCGUUCUUCAGCAGAUUUGUGA